UUUUAAAAAACAUUAGAAUUAAAAACUUAUUUUUUAUUAUAAUUAAUAAAUUAGUUGUAUAAAAAAAUCAAAGGGAAGUCGAUUUUAAAAAAGGCAUUACUGAAGAAAAUCUCAUGCAUGUUUUAAAGAAAAAGUAUUUAAAUUAUUUCUGUGUGUUUCUAUUAUUAUCUUAAACAUCUUAGAGUUGGUAAAAGUUAUGUGACUCGUCAGCAACAGGACUUUUCCGUCAUGAAAGGAUGGAAAACUUACCGAAUGUUGAAGAAUAUCAAAAAUUCAAUCAAUCUCAUAUUCCAUUUGUAUCUCAAAUAAAAUGUAUGUAUCAUCAAAUAAUUCAACCUAUAAACAAUACAGAAAAAAUCAGACAAAAUGUUACCAUCGUGGCAACAUAAGUCAGCUAAAACUAAUCAUGAAUUUUUGGAAGAAAUCCCAGAUGAAGAAGAAGUUAUAGAAAAAUUCAAAUGUCUCGUUAAAAACCACGAUGAACAUGUAAAAAAAGACAAAGCUAUAAACAUCUUUUUAGGCGGCACAAGUGAAAAAGUGAUUCGAAUCGUCAAUGAUCUUAUCAAAGCUCUCGAAAAUCUAAUCAUCAAAUUAGAUCAACAGGAAAAGAAAAAUGCUAAAUUCCGGGCCGAAAAUGAUCGUUUAAAAGCAAUGUUAAAAGUAAGAAGUGGAGAAUUCACAGAAUAUCAAAAAAGUGCAAGUGAACUCAGCGACCUGGGAAUACAGUUAACGAAAGAAACCAGCGAACUGAAAAGCACGUUCAAUGUGAAUGAAUUGAACAAGGAUGAACAUUUUUCUCAAAGCUGCAAAAAAAUAUCAGUUCUCGAUAAAUUGAUUAAAAAAGUCCAGGAUAAAUUAAAUAGUGAUUACGAGGCAUUAAUAGCGGCAGGAAGUCCAGAUCUCUCUGAGUAUUUGAAGCAGAUUUCUGAUUUGGACGUAUUUUCCAAAUCCCUGCAAGAAGUACUUCGUCGUCUAGAAACCGCCUUUCGAUUAAAACUCGAGUUCAAAAGCGCCGACUACUCAAUUAUUUUACAAGAAAUAAAUCAUCUUCAAGAAUUAAUUAAUCGAGUAAAGAUCGACAUCGAAAAAUUAAAGUCUGCAUCGCUCCGCAUUGGCUGCAGAAUAGGUGGGGAAGAUUCUAAUCGGUAUCUUGAAGAAGUAGUGAUCCUCCUCAAAAUUGUGGAAAAGUCCAAAGUCGCCGUUGACGAUUUAAAAGGUAGCAUCGGGACCGACGAAACCAUCUCUAAAAGAAAAAUCAGCGAAUUAGAAAUCCUCUCGAAACGGUUGCAAUUCGAGAUCAAGGAACUGGAGAUGGUCGUGGCUUCCGGAGACAAUUCAAGCCUGAUUAAGCGAAUCAAAGAACUAGAGGAUUCGAUCUCUCGUUUGAAGCAGGAAUUGGCUGAAAAAGAGGACUCUACGAAAUCCUUGAAACUGGAACUGCGGGGUGCGAAAAUUGACUUCCGGCAAAAGCUUAGAGAACUAGAGGUUACCAAGUCUAAGGUCCACACCUUGGUUGACGAAGUUAAACUUGCUAGACAGGAAGUUGAGGGAAAAGAUCAACAAAUAGUGGAGCUGUUCAAAAGUGAAAAGGCAUCAGAGUCUGUCUUUCGUCAACGGUUCCAAACUCAAGUCAACUCAAUUAAACCCUUGCUCCAAGGUAUUCGAACUUCGAAAGACAAUGCACUAAACGAAAUGAAGAAAAUUCGCAAUUUCUUAUCAGAAGAAAUUACCGAGAUCUCAAAAGCCCUGAUUAAAAAAAACUUAGCUGAAGAAGCCCUAAAAACUCAACUUCAGGAGUUAAGAGAAGAAAAUUCUGAACUGAAAUCGAAUAUGCAACUUCUUGAUAAAAAGGAAACUUCCGGGAGUGAUAAGCAGGACAAAGGGCGCGGAAACUAUGUUUCAAGGGAUCUAAUCAAUGAUGUAGAAACAGAGAAUCGGAAUUUGAAAGUUUUACUCAAGAAGACGAGUGAUGAAAAUGAGAGAAUCAAUAGACGGAUGGAAGAUCUUCAGAAUCACAAGGAAGAUGAAACAGCCAAUCUGAAGCAAAAACUCGAAGAGUUAAUGACAACCCGAGAUCAAUUAAAACUAGAUCUGCAAGUCGAGAAAACGACCACAAAGGAGACUCUGAAAGCUUUCGACAAGCUCUCAUCAGAAGGCAAUGAGCUGGAGCGAAAAAUGAAAAAUCUAAGGGACGAAAUUGAAACUAUCUCAACGAGCUGCAGAGAUGCUGUCGAAGAAUGUUCAGUCUGCAGAAACCAGUUGGAAGGUCUUCGAAAGGAAGCUUUCCAUCAGCGAGAAUACGAGACUACCUUGAAAUCCAAAAUGUCUUCUCUGACAGAGGAGUUAGUCUCGACAAGAAUGGAACUGGAGGCUGCAAACUCGAGAAAUACCUCUCUCGAGAAAGACUUGGAAUUAAUCGCAAUUCGAGUGGCGGAUCUUGGAAGGGAGAAUGAUGAUCUGAGGGGGGGAUUGAACAAAGCGGAAAUUGAGCGACAGAAGCUUGCGGAGGAAUUAAGUAAAUUGAGAGAGGAGAAUCGCCAGAAUGAAACACACUUGAAAACUAGGACAGACGAACUCGAGGAGAUGAAAUCGCAAAAUACUGGGGUUCAGCUAGCAAUCUACAAGGCUGAAAAUUUAGAAGCAAAAAGAAUGAUCGAAUCAUUAAAAAAUCAGAACUUAGUUCUCGAGAAAGAGUCUCGACAAUUCGAAUGCCAAUUGUCCAAACUGCGUGAGGAAAACAUCCGAUUGGAAAAAGCCGAGUUCGAUUUGAAAAAGGAAAAAGUGGAGUGCGACCUCGAUAAAUUAAAGCAGGAGCUCGAUAAUUUGAGAAAAGGAAACGAGAAACAGGAAACCAAAUUAGUGAAACAAAGGAGUGCUAAGGAGAGUUUCGAGAUCGAGAAGAUUGGAGACGAGAAACUGAAGAGGAAAGGAUUGGAGAUCGUAGUUCAAACGUUGAAAGCAAAUACGGUUCAUUUUCGGAAGGAUGAUUUAGAAAUUCGAACGGAAUCAGGAAAAGCGAUGGAAGGAUUAGAAGUGGUAAAUGCUAAAUUAAAUCUCAAGGAGGAAAAAUUUGAAACGAUAGAAAAAGAAUUGGUUCAGAGAAAGGAAGAAAAUGAAAGUUUGAGGAUUCAGUUGGAACAAUUCAAAAAGAAUAUUGAAGUUUUUAGGGAAGAGCGGAAUAAAUUGAGAAGGGACAAUGAAGAGAUUAGAAGCAUAAGUGAAAUGCAAUGCAAAAUCAAUUUGGUACUUAAAGAAAAGUUACAGGACUCAUUGAAGGAAAAUGAAAAGUUGGGAAUAACGCAAAUGAAAUUGAAUAAUCUCGAACCAAAGUUAGGGGAAUUUUACAAGGAUUAUAGUGCCAUCAAAAAAUCUUUGGAAAUUGCUUUAGAAGAGAUCAGUGACCUGAAGCAAGAAAAAAUAGAAUUAUUGAAAAAGAAUGGUGUUAGUGGAAAGGAUCAUGCUCUUCAAUUGUAGAAACA